CAUCUUGGUCGUGCGGGGCGAUGCUAGCUCGGCUAGCAGCCUGUCCGGUUCCUCCUCGGUGGUAUGGAUAUAGAGACAGCUUUUCACACCGUGGGGGAGUUUGGACCGUAUCAGAAGCGGGCUGUGGCCGCGCUCGUCCUGGUUCAGGUUCUGACACGCUUCCCCUCCUGCUGUGUUCCAGGUCUACAUGGCCUGUCAGUCCAUGCUGGUGGUUCUGGUCGGAUACACACCAGAGUACCGGGUCGAUCAACCGGCCGACGGUCCGUCCAGCCACGUCACCUUCACAGAGGAAGCAGACUCCAUCGUCACUGAGUGGGUUCUGGUCAGACAGCAGGCCUAUAAGGUCAGCCUGGCCGGGUCGCUGUUCUUCACCGGGCUCCUGGUCGGGAACGUCGUCUUUGGGCCGCUCUCUGAUAAGAUCGGAAGGAGACCCGUCUACCUGACAGGUCUGCUUUUGGAGGUGAUCUUUGGUUACGUCACCGCCAUGGCGCCCAGCUACGAGGUGUUCGCGGCGUCCCGCCUGCUGGUGGGCCUGAUGAACGGUGGCAUCGGCCUGGUCUGCUUCGUCCUCACUCAGGAGUAUGUGGGGAAGUCCUACUGGGCCAUGACCGGGACGCUGAACAGCAUGAUCUUCGCCGUGGGCAUCGCUCUGUUCGGAGCUCUGGGAUACUUCAUCCGGCCCUGGAGGACUCUGGCCAUGGUGGCCAACUCUUCAGGCGUCCUCUUCUUCCUGAUGUCUGUAACUCUCCCAGAAUCCCCACGCUGGCUGUAUUCUCAGGGACAGACGGAGCGAGCUGAAGAGGUUCUGCUCUACAUGGCGGCGAGGAACGGCAGCAAAGCCUCCCACCUGAUGCUGCAGCGCGUUGGCGCCGCCAAACCCGGCAGCCCUGUGAGGAACGGGGGCGGAGUCCUGCAGCUGGUGCUCCAUCCCGUCCUGCGCCUCAGGACCAUGGUGCUCAUGUACGUGUGGUAUGCGUGCAGUCUGGUGUAUUACGGCCUCACGCUGGGAGCAGGCGACACGUCGGGGAGCCGCUUCGUUAACGUGGCCAUGUACGGCCUGGUGGAGCUGCCCGCUUAUCCCCUCUGUAUUUACUUUAUCAACCAGAGCUGGGCUGGGAGGAGGAAGAGCAUGGCUACCUUCCUGUGUCUGGCUGGAUGCGCCUGCCUCUGCAGCACCUUGAUCCCAGAGAACACAGGGACUCUGCUGAGCGUCACGUCUUUGGCUCUGCUGGGAAAACUGAUGGUCAGCGCGGCGUUCAACAUCGCCUACGUCUACACGUCCGAGCUGUACCCCACCGUGAUCAGGAACGCCGGGCUGGGCGUUUGCUCCAUGUCCUGCAGAGUCGGAGGAAUCCUGGCUCCGUUCGUUCCUUCGAUGCGGGCUCUCCACGCCUCCAUGCCCUUCACGGUGUUCUGUCUGAGCGGCCUGUCUGCAGGCUGCCUGGGCCUCCUGCUGCCUGAAACUCUGAACAGACCCGCAGCCGAAACUCUGGAGGAGCUGAGCAGCCCGAGCCGCGGCCGGGUUCUGGAGAGCAAGGCUCUGCUGUACGAAGAUGAAAGGUGGAAAUCAAACCACACAUGAAGCCAGAGGCCUCGUCUUUCCGUGCUGCCUCACGGCGCCCAGCCGUCUCCAGGUUUCCUGCCGCCUGACGAGGUUCUGGCGGCGUGGACUCUCUUCUUCCUCCUCAGGUCUUUAAACUCCUGGCCGUUGCCAUGGCGUCCACGCCUUCGGCAGGAAGCGAAGCAAAAAUGUCGGACGUGAAACAUUCCUGUUGCGAACAAAUCAGAACCGGACUCCAGUGAUCCAGAACAUGGGAAACACGAUCCGCUUUAGCUUCUGAUCAGGAAGCGGGUCACGGUUCUGAUCCGUUAAAUGUAAAAGUGAAAGACGAAUCGGCUGGUUUCAGGUAACGGAUCGGCUCCAGCAGCAGUUUUAUUUUCUGUACAGUUGCAGCAGGUCAAAGCGAACCUGCAGGAAUGAUCAAUAUGAGCGGCUGGUUCUCCAUGGACCACGGUUCUGACAGCAUCAGCUCUGGUUUGCUAAAAAGGUGGAAACCAGAGAAGAUGCUGAGUCACUGAUCGCCAUGGUGAUUCCCGCCUGCUGGAGGCCAUUAGAAACCUCCGUUCAUCUGCCUGAAACAGAUCCAACAUCAGACGAUUGAUGUGUGGAAACAUGAAUCCAUUCUAGAACCGCCCGAUGGAGAGUCCCGUUAUAGAUCUGCUGAUUCUAGAUCAUCAGCACUAACUAGAGCCUCACUGAGCUGUUUAAACCAACCGGUUCCAGCGUCUGGAGCAGAUAACGAUCCUCUGGAGCUCAGGGCUCCUUCUAACAUUCCUGUCUGACCUUCUCUGCUAAUUUAAUCCCUCAAAGGGAAAAAAACAAACUUUAGGUUAAAGGACCAACGUCUGAUUCACGGUUCUCAUGUUACAGAAAGAUGGUUUGUUUUCUAACAUCUGUAAACCUCAGUUCAUCUCUGCACUUUAAUUUAAAGGAAAUUCUAAUCAAUUUUGGGACCAAACCUAAAUAUUUAAAUUGUAAUAAGUUUAUUUGUUUUGUUGGUUUUUUUUCAUAUGAAUUCAGUUUGUAAGAAAUUCUGGUAUAUUUUGUAGAUUUCUGAAACAGAACCUGUAAAUUAUGAGCAGUAAUCCCAACGGGAUUAAAAACACUAAAACAUUUUCUGGAUUAACUGAUGCCUUUUUUUUCCUUUGCUGUUUCCUGUUCUUCUGUAAACCUUCAGAUUGUUAUAGUUUACAUUAAACACAUGCUGCUGUAGCUACA